AAGUCCCCACACUCCUUCAACAUAUUCCGGAUCUGUAUCCAAUCGAAUGCACAACCUUAGUAAAUGAAGAUAUCAGGCAUCUCUCCGGUCAUUAUCAUGAUGCAUUGAUGUGGUUGUCUGCAACAAAGGUCCAUUGCUUUCAUCACCGCAACGUCGAUUGACCUGCGAGAACAAGAUCGGCGGUCACCACAAUUUCUUCGAUGCUUCCUGCACAGCCUGUCUUGUUAGAUCUUGAAAGUAAGGUGGAAGAUGAGCAAUGGUAAAGAAAAGGAAUGUUUCCUGGUUCUUUGCUUGCCGAAAUGUGCAGCCCUUUUAUCCCAAAUCAUGUUCAGCUUUGACUGCAAUGGUAACUUCCUGUUCAUGUCUUCUCUCUGCCUCUAUAAAUCCAGAGCAAGCAGCUGAGACAGUGGACUGUCUCUGCCCACUAUAAACUUGGAUCUGAAACCCACGGAGGGCGGCCAUGCUUCUACAGAUUUCCCAGUGAAGUUCUAUUCUAAAUCCUUUUUUAUUUUGUUUCUCUUCUUAGUUUGUAGUCUUUGGACAGAGGAAGAUAGAGAUCUUUCUUUCUUGUUUGGUUUUAGAAUAGGUUUACUCGGGGUAACAUUCAGAAUUCAGAACAAAACUGAAGGGAAAACAGUGGUGGAUUUGAUUGUUUAGAACUAUUGUUUAGAGCCCACCGGGUUUGGAGCUUUACACUUGCAGAUACGUUUCCCUGCAAUGCUGUCUUGUAGAGCUUUGGAGGGCAGAGGAGGAGCAAAACCAUGAGCCGAGGCCAGCUUGCUCUCUUCCUGCGCUUGAGCAGCUGCGUCGCGCUUGGAAUGCCAUGAGCGCAGAUGGUUCUGUUCUUCCCUUGCAGAAAAAUCUGAUUCUGAUGCUGGGGGUGGAAGAAAGUUCUCAUUUUGGGAUCUGGGCGAUGAGGGUUUGAGGAGCAUUGUGAGGGAUUCUUCUCUAUCCUUUCUCGAAGAGGAAGGAAAUGGCCCCAAGCUUGGAUUUUUCGGAUUGGUGGGCGAAGGAGAUCCGAAGCGGCACGCCGGUGGUCGUGACGAUGCAGAAUCCCAACUACUCGGUCCUCGAGGUCGACGGCCCCGGCGCUGCCGCUUUCCGGCCGGCGGACAAGGGCCGGGGAAGGAACGCAAAGCAAGUCACUUGGGUCUUGCUGCUCAAGGCCCAUCGAGCUGUCGGCUGCGUUGCCUGGUUGGCUGCUGGCCUUUGGUCGCUGCUCGGCGCCCUCAAGAAGAGGGUGUUCUUCGGGCAAGGAUUCUCCACGGAGAGCGAUAAGCCUGGCAAGGGCAGGUUACUGUUCAGGUUCCUCAGGGGCUUCUUGGUCCUCUCGAUCGCCAUGCUCGCACUCGAGAUGAUUGCCUACUGGAAGGGGUGGCACUUCAAGAAGCCUAACUUGCAGUUGCCGGAGAGCUUGCAUAUGCCUGAAACCACCGAGAUCCAGGUGUGGAUGCACAAUGCCUACCUCUGUUGGCUUGCAUUCAGAUCCAACUAUAUCGCCUAUCCGAUUCAGGUCUUGUCAAACUUCUGCAUCGUUCUCUUCAUGAUACAAUCAUUGGAUCGAAUGAUCCUGUGUCUUGGGUGCUUCUGGAUCAAGCUGAAGAAGAUCAAGCCAACCAUAGACAGUGAAUCGUUCAAAGCAGAUGAUGUAGAAAGUUCAGGAUCUGAGUACCCCAUGGUGCUAAUCCAGAUUCCAAUGUGCAAUGAGAGAGAGGUAUAUGAGCAAUCUAUUUCUGCUGCGUGCCAGAUUGAUUGGCCAAGAGACCGUGUUCUAGUUCAAGUUCUUGAUGACUCGAAUGAUGAGACAAUCAUGCUCUUAAUUAGAGCAGAGGUGUCUAAGUGGAGUCAACGAGGUGUCAACAUUGUCUAUCGGCAUCGUUUAGUCCGAACUGGUUAUAAAGCUGGAAAUCUGAAGUCUGCUAUGAGUUGUGACUAUGUUAAAGACUAUGAAUUUGUUGCUAUAUUUGAUGCUGACUUCACACCCAACCCAGAUUUCCUUAAGAAGACUAUUCCACAUUUUAAGGGAAAUCCCGAGCUUGGGCUGGUUCAGGCCAGAUGGAGCUUCGUAAAUAAGGAUGAAAACCUGCUUACCCGACUCCAAAACAUUAAUCUCUGCUUCCAUUUUGAAGUCGAGCAGCAGGUGAAUGGUGUUUUCUUGAACUUCUUUGGCUUUAAUGGGACUGCGGGUGUGUGGAGAAUCAAAGCUUUGGAGGACUCUGGAGGUUGGCUGGAGCGGACAACUGUGGAAGAUAUGGACAUUGCCGUACGUGCACAUCUCAAUGGUUGGAAGUUCAUCUUCCUCAACGAUGUCAAGGUGCUGUGUGAAGUGCCCGAAUCUUAUGAGGCUUACCGAAAACAGCAGCACAGAUGGCACUCUGGUCCAAUGCAAUUAUUCCGUCUAUGCCUUCCAGCCAUCUUAAAAUCCAAGAUAUCUGUGUGGAAGAAGGCUAAUUUAAUCCUGCUCUUUUUCCUCUUGAGAAAGCUAAUCCUCCCAUUUUAUUCUUUCACAUUGUUUUGUGUAAUUCUACCACUAUCCAUGUUUGUACCUGAGGCUGAGCUACCUCUCUGGGUAAUCUGCUAUAUCCCUGUUAUUAUGUCGUUCCUAAACAUUCUACCAGCCCCAAGAUCCUUCCCUUUCAUUGUUCCUUACCUUCUCUUUGAGAACACCAUGUCGGUGACCAAGUUCAACGCUAUGGUAGUCGGUCUAUUCCAACUGGGGAGUUCGUACGAAUGGAUUGUCACAAAGAAGGCAGGAAGGUCAUCAGAAUCUGAUCUGUUGGUGGCAGCUGAAAGAUGCUCGAAGCCUGUAGGCCAUUUGCAACUACAUAGGGGGGUUUCAAUGAGCGAGCUCAUGGAGCUGAACAAAUUGAAGGAUCAGCAAGAAGAAGCUCCUCCUCCUCCUCCUGCAAAGAGGGGAAACCAGCUUUACAAGAAGGAAUUAGCUCUUGCUCUUCUCCUCCUCACUGCUGCAGUCAGAAGUCUGCUCUCUGCCCAAGGGAUUCACUUCUACUUCCUGCUCUUUCAAGGAGUAUCAUUUCUUCUCGUGGGUCUUGAUCUAAUAGGGGAGCAAAUGGUCUGAUGUGAGAAGAAAGAAAAGAUGCUAAACUCAUAUAUGCUUUAUUCAUCCAAGACAUAUUCUUGUCUAUAUAACCAUCAUGGAUAGCUAUCGGAUACAUGUUCUUUGUGAUAUCAAGCAUGCAACAAGGAACAGUGGCUCCAUUUACAAUAAGAUAUGCAUCUCGAAGUCUGGUUAGGACUUUUUUGUUAUUCCUUAAUUUGAUGUCUUCCAUUACACAGACAUUCUUCUCAUAAAUGUAAAGCUAUUGCUGAGCCAGGACCCAAUCUCUCUCUAAAUAUACCUGUAUAAGAUUGAGGGACAAAAAAAUAAACAGUUUGUCCAGUGUCAUUUAUGGUGAGAGAGUUGAGAGCUGGUCCUUACAUAUCAAUUAUACCGAGAUUGUGUAACAAUUAUGUGUGUACUAGAAAUAAUUCAGUUUAUUAUUGGAUGAAACAUUUUGUCGUCCAUCAUCUGCUUUUGGUUGCAGUUCUCUACUACUGUAGAUAAUCAUCAUGAGGUUUUGAUUACAAUCUUUUGUAGAGAGAGAGAGAUUAAGCAUGAAGAGUACUGGGUGUUGGCACCAUUUGUAUGUGAAGGUUUUUAAGUGAUCAAAUUUGAGAAGGCUCUUUCUUGGACUUUCUUCUCUUGGCUGUAGAAAUAUAAGCUGACAUGUCAUUCAACACUUAAA